GAGGCGCCGCUCAGGGUAUAUAGAGGAGGCCACGCCACAGCCUUAAUCAGUGUCCACCCUAGAGUCUGCAAGCAAAAUGCGUCACCUGGUGGUCGCCGUGUUGAUUGUCUGCCUCCUGCUGGGGAUCGCUCUAGCCGAUCCCGGGCCCAACCCAGGCUUCCUCUUUAAGGGAUGCUGUGGUGGCGGCUACGGUGGUGGCGGCGGAGGCGGCUACGGUGGCGGCUACGGCGGCGGCCAUAGCGGCGGCUAUGGUAAAGGACACAAAGGCUACGGUAAAGGCCAUAAAGGCAAGGGUGGUGGCCAUGGCGGCGGAUACGGUGGCAGCCAUGGCGGUGGUUACGGCGGCGGCCACGGCGGAGGGUAUGGCGGUGGCCACGGCGGCGGCUACACCAAGGGCAAGGGACUGGGUCUGUUCAAGUUUAAGUGCUGCAACUUCGGCUACGGCGGAGGAGGCUACCACUGAAGCAAACCCAAAACUUCGUCCUGCACUGGCCCUCUCCAUCCGUUAUACCUCCACGCCCUUUCCACCCAGCUGCUCAUCGAAGAAAACGGAAGAUUUCACCCUAGACUGAAGUAAAAUAACCGACGCCCGCCCCCCCAGGAUCAUUUGCCAAAAAAAGGUCAUCUGGUAUUUUUUUUUUUCUGAUGGAAGAUUAUCUCUAUUUUUUUUAUGUUUCUACUGACAUUAUUACUAUUAUUUUUUUUUUCGGGCAAGCAUUUGUUUACCCAAAGCCUUAAAUAAAGUGUAAAUAAAAUCAAUCCUAAGCUAAA